UCCGGAGUCUGAAGUGUUGAGCUACAUAAGGUGGACAGUUUAUGAACAUACUACUUGAUCAUGGCUGACUCAAAUGGAAUAGAUAGCAACAAGCUUAUUUCAAGUACACAAACAAUUGUUUGAACGUCACAAGGAUUUUAUAACUUAUCGUUAUUUGUUGUCACUUUUACGUCAGCAGCUCUGUCAAUUAACAAGUUAUUGAUUGGAAACUUAUUGCACUAGUAUUCAGAGAAAGUUCACAGUCUUCUUGGCGUGGCCGAAGCACGACUGAACGCUUUUCGAAGCAYGAUGUGGAACACACUUCUCAAAUUCGCUUUAUUAACUUCUUUGUUGGARCCGACUCUAAACACAGUGAUUUAUCCACAUUUACAAUGGGAUCCACGAAAUCCGUUCUUCAAAGGCAGUCGCUCUCUUAAUGUCGAGACCAUGUCYAGAAUGAACAUCGUCUGUCCAAAUCCUGCSCUCGUUCCCGCUAAACUACAAAACACCAUCCCAAAAGAACAACUGUACGAAAACUUCUGGAUCGUCGACAAAUCAUCGUACGACGCAUGUGCAGUUGAYACCUCCAAAAAGACCAAUCGUUUGGUAAUGGAAUGCAAUAAACCACUGGAAAUYMAUUACUACACAAUCGUCUUCCGACAGUUCAGUGCAUCGGCAAAUGGAUUAGAAUUCACUCCAGGAAAAGAAUAUUACUUUAUUGCAACAUCUGAYGGCAAAGAAGUUUCACUCACCAAGACAUCCGGUGGACACUGUGCUAGUCAUAAUAUGAAAAUGUCUGUUUACGUUUGCGCAGGCUCCAGCGAUGCCAAGUGUCAAGAAGAAAGCGCCAGUCCUUCCACAGCUGCUCCAUUUUACUGCCCAACAACAAYAGAAUCAACAACUACAGCACCGACAACAGUAGCGCCGACAAAUCCACAAUGCGCAGAUUCCAGCACUCUUCUAUCAAUCUACAACAACACAAAGGCUACACCAAUGAUAUMCAAUCAGACGUCGCUAAUCCCUGGUCUGGUAACCGCACUCCAAAGACUUGAAGAAAAGCUUGUCACCAUGGAAACGAAAUUAGACAACUGCACGUCAAAGUCUUCUAGCUGCUCUGAACCCGCAACGUCUGCCCCUACCACCACCUCCGCACCAACUACUACCACAGCGCCUACCACUACAUCUGCCCCUACCACACCUCCUAUCCCAGAGUCCUGUUCGGCCGCCUAUGCAGCAGGUUCAAGAACCAAUGGCGUCUAUAAAAUCAACCCUGGUGGCCUGGGUGCCUUUGAUGUGUACUGUGACCAAACAACUGACGGAGGGGGGUGGACUGUGUUCCAGAAACGUUUCAAUGGCAAAGUGAAUUUCACAGGUAGAGGAUGGACUGAGUAUGUGAAUGGGUUUGGUAACGUAUCAGGAGAAUUUUGGCUUGGUCUUGAUCAUCUUUAUCGUCUCGCGUCCACACCUGUCAAGCUAAGGAUAGAUCUUGGUGCACCGGAUGGCGAGAAACGAUUUGCUCUGUACUCCGGCUUCAAAAUCGCUGAUAAAGCUAAUAAAUUUACAUUGACUGCGGGUUCUUAUGUAGGAGGAACUGCAGGUGAUUCUUUGACWUUUUCCAACAACGCCAAAUUCUCAACGUUUGACCAGGACAACGACAAUUGGGCGGAUGGUAGCUGUGCAACAAUGUUCAAAGGAGCAUGGUGGCAUGCAAUAUGCCAUGAAUCGAGUCUCAACGGUGUCUAUCGAAAUGGCUCCCAUCCGACGAACUUUGCCGAUGGCAUUAUAUGGAAAUCUUGGAAAGGCUAUUCAUACUCCUUGUCACAGACAGAGAUGAAAGUCAAGCCUUGAUUGUGAUAUGUUACUAGUCUAAGGCCGCUUUCCAUUUGUCAGAACUGGCUGGCCAGACCCAGAGAAAAUCCCAUUAUAUAUCUUUCCUGUUCAGUUGAAAAAUCAAUUUCUAAAUUCUAACCAUUAUUCAAUGGAAAGCUUUGAAAAUGACUUUAAAAAUAUUGAGACAAAAAGGAUUAUUUACUUCUAAAUAGACUGGUCGUACCAGCCAUUUCUGACUAAAUGRAAAUUAUAUAACCUAUGAGGAAGAACGGAUUCUAAAAAUGGUCGAGAUAAGACGGCCCCCAAAUAAAUGUUUGAUCAGCAGUCGUGUUCAUGGUUAUAGUGUCUAGUUGUUUCACGGGGGUGGGGUGGGGGUAGGGAGCUCAACGAUCGGGCUUGAAACUAACCCUAAUAGGUAUGCAUUAAUUACUCACUUGAGUGCUGAUAUCAGAUCUUAAAAGUUAUAUGCUAAAAGACGUUCUCUUUAUGGUUCUUAAUAUAUAAUCACUUCGGCACACAAUGACAUUCGUGGGUAUAAUGCAGCUGAGAUGAGGCUGCAACCACGAAUGCAAUAUAAUCCUAUGUAAAUUUAUCAUUAGUUGGAGACCGUUAAGAAGUACCCACCCCUAAUCCCUCCCCGAGAAAUUGCUGCUUUACAAAGUGUCUAAAGCUGUAAUGCCGUCCAAUAAUUUACUAUACUUAUCCAACAAUGUUGGAUGGUAUUAAUUUUAGAAUCAAAUAUCAUUUUACGCAUCCAGUU